CUGCUUAGAGAACCACCAACACAGGACAAUGCAAGCCCACGAGUUGUUCGGGUAUUUUCGAAUGCCAGAGCUGGUUGACUUCCGACAGUACGUUCGUACUCUUCCAACCAACACACUCAUGGGCUUCGGAGCGUUUGCAGCUCUCACCACUUUCUGGUACGCCACGAGACCCAAAGCCCUGAAGCCGCCAUGCGACCUCUCCAUGCAGUCAGUGGAAGUGGCGGGUACUGGCGGUGCUCGAAGAUCCGCGUUACUUGAUAGUGAUGAGCCCUUGGUAUAUUACUAUGGUGACGUCAAAACAUUAUAUGAAGGCUUCCAGAGGGGUAUACAGGUGUCAAAUAAUGGACCUUGUUUAGGUUCUCGGAAGCCAGACCAACCCUAUGAAUGGCUUUCGUAUAAAGAGGUUGCAGAGUUGGCUGAAUGUGUGGGCUCAGCACUGCUCGAGAAAGGCUUCAAGGCAUCCCCCGAUCAGUUCGUGGGCAUCUUUGCACAAAACAGGCCCGAGUGGGUGAUUAUCGAGCAGGGCUGCUUUGCUUACUCCAUGGUGGUGGUCCCACUUUAUGAUACCCUUGGAACAGAAGCGAUCACUUAUAUAAUCAACAAAGCUGAGCUUGCUGUGGUUUUUAUUGACAAGGUAGAGAAAGCUAAAGUCUUAAUAGAUGGUGUAGAGAAUAAGUCAAUACCAAGCCUUAAGAUCGUAGUGCUUAUGGACUCUUAUGGCAGUGAUCUGGUGGAACGUGGCAAGAAAUGUGGGGUGGAAAUCAUGAGCAUGAAGGCAUUGCAGAACCUGGGACGAGCCAACAAACGGAAGCCCAAGCCUCCAGCACCUGAAGAUCUUGCAGUGAUCUGUUUCACAAGUGGAACCACAGGCAACCCCAAAGGAGCCCUGAUCACCCAUCAGAAUAUAGUGUGUGAUUGCUCAGCUUUUGUGAAAGUGACAGAGACUGCAAUUACCUUGAAUGCCAGUGACACACACAUUUCAUUUUUACCACUGGCACAUAUGUAUGAGCAGCUAAUGCAGUGUGUGAUGCUUUGUCAUGGAGCUAAAAUAGGAUUUUUCCAAGGAGAUAUCAGGCUACUUAUGGAUGACCUCAAGGUGCUUCAGCCCACUAUCUUUCCUGUAGUCCCCAGACUGCUGAACCGGAUGUUUGACCGAAUUUUUGGGCAAGCAAACACCACACUAAAGCGGUGGCUGCUGGACUUUGCAUACAAGAGGAAAGAAGCUGAGCUGCGCAGUGGCAUCAUUAGAAACAACAGCCUGUGGGAUAAACUCAUCUUCCACAAAAUACAGUCGAGCCUGGGAGGAAAAGUCCGGAUGAUGAUCACAGGAGCUGCACCAGUGUCUGCCACCGUGCUGACGUUCCUGAGGGCUGCCCUUGGCUGUCAGUUUUAUGAAGGCUAUGGACAGACGGAGUGCACGGCUGGCUGCUGCCUGACAGUCCCUGGAGACUGGACAGCAGGCCAUGUUGGUGCUCCAAUGCCUUGCAAUUAUAUAAAACUUGUUGAUGUGGAAGAAAUGAAUUACAUGGCUUCCAAGGGCGAGGGUGAGAUAUGUGUGAAAGGGCCAAAUAUAUUUCAGGGCUACUUAAAAGACCCAGCAAAAACAGCAGAAGCUUUCGACAAAGAUGGCUGGUUGCACACAGGGGACAUAGGAAAAUGGUUACCAAAUGGGACCUUGAAGAUUGUUGACAGAAAAAAGCACAUAUUUAAACUGGCACAAGGAGAAUACAUAGCCCCUGAAAAAAUUGAAAAUAUCUACGUGCGAAGUGAACCUGUUGCUCAAGUGUUUGUCCAUGGAGAGAGCUUACAGUCAUUUCUCAUAGCAAUCGUGGUACCUGAUGCUGAAACAUUAUGCCCCUGGGCUCGAAAGAAAGGAUUUGAAGGGUCCUUUGAAGAACUGUGUAGAAAUAAGGAUGUCAAAAAAGCUAUCCUAGAAGACAUGGUGGCUCUAGGGAAGGAGUCUGGUCUCAAACCAUUUGAACAGAUCAAAGGCAUUGCUCUACACCUCGAAUUAUUUUCUGUGGACAAUGGCCUUCUGACUCCAACAAUGAAGGCUAAGAGAACAGAGUUACGGAAUUAUUUCCAUUCUCAGAUAGAAGAACUCUAUUCUACCAUCAAGGUCUAA